ACCGCUGCCACCGGAUGGCGGUUCCCAGCUGCUGCUGGCUCCUUUCUCGGCGACCGACAGGAGCGGGAGGGCGCAGGCGCGGCUUGCGGCUCUCCUAGCGCUUAGGAGCGGAGCGGGACUCUUGAGAAUCAUCAUCCAGGACCUGCCAGAAGCCACAAGAAAAAAAAUGGGGAGGGUUUUCCUCACGGGAGAAAAGGCCAACUCAGUCUUAAAACGCUACCCAAGAGCCAAUGGGCUUUUUGAAGAAAUAAGACAAGGCAACAUUGAGCGUGAGUGCAAAGAAGAAGUCUGCACAUACGAAGAAGCCAGAGAGGCUUUUGAAAAUCACGAAAAAACUAAAGAGUUUUGGAGCACCUACACAAAAGCACAACAAGGAGAGACCAAUAGAGGAAGUGACUGGUUUCAAUUUUAUCUUACUUUUCCAUUAAUCUUUGGCCUCUUCAUUAUUCUCCUUGUUAUCUUUUUAAUCUGGAGAUGCUUUCUAAGAAACAAAACUCGGAGACAGACAGUAACUGAAAGUCACAUUCCUUUCCCUCAACAUCUUAACAUUAUUACACCACCUCCUCCACCAGAUGAAGUCUUUGAUAACAGUGGAUUGUCUCCAGGCUUUUUGGAAUACGUUGUUGGGCGCUCCGAUUCUGUCUCCACUCGCCUUUCCAACUGUGAUCCCCCACCAACCUAUGAGGAAGCCACUGGCCAGGUGAACUUGAGUAGGAGUGAAACAGAACCUCAUUUAGAUCCACCACCAGAAUAUGAGGACAUAGUAAACUCCAGCUCAGCUAGUGCCAUUGCUAUGGUGCCUGUGGUCACCACCAUCAAAUGAAGCUGCAACAUCUUUUUACUCAAAUCAUUUCUAAAAUACUAAUGGAAGAACUUUCUAGCACUUUACCACUACAUAAAUGUGCAUUGAUUUAUUUUAUUGGAUUCUUACAGCAUACCACUUUACAUUAACUGGUUGAUUUAUCUUUCGUUUUGUUUCUUAUUAUAAAAGCAUUAUCCAUGUUCAUUUUUACAAGAAGAAACAUGAAGGAAAGACAUGCCACUGAAGGUCUGUAAGUGCUGUGAUACCAUACACAUAUCUGUACAAAUGCACAAAUAUCUAUAUGUAUGUAUUGAAUAUAAUAUAUAUAUAUAUAUAUAUAUAUAUAAUGCUUAUAGCCACAUGUGCAUCAUCCGAUUUGUGGAUAACUCUUGUAAAAAUAACUAAUUUCCAUUACACCACCCAUAAAGACAGUAUUACUUACCAAAAUUGAAAAGUCAAGUGGAACAGUUUAUGUAAUAGUCAGCACCAUGCUAUGUUUUCUAACUAUUAUAGAUGUUGGUUAAACUCCCAAUUCUUUCUUGAAAGGGAAAAAAAUGUACAUGGAUUCAUUUUCAGUUUUAGAGACAUCUCACAGAGGGAGAGUGAGACAGAGAUUGUAGUAUAUAACAAGGAAAUCAUUGAUCAUUAGUGGCAUUUAGCUCAUAUUGUACCAGGAUUUUUCUUCUUGGCUGAUUACCACACACUGUCUCAUCAAAAUUUGCUACCAUCUUUGAAUGUUUCAUGCCACUCAUAUUAUUAUCUUGUUUGUAAGAAUUUCUAGGUAAUGAAAUAAUGUAUGUGUUAAAACAAGGAGUAGAUACUGACCACUCCUUUGCUCAUAGUAUGGUAGGAUAAUAUUUUUUCUUUUAUACUAAUUUUUUUUUCAUUUCUACAACAAACACUUCAUGCACUUGAAAGAUUAGCUAAAACCAAUUUUUGAAUUAUAUUCUUAAUGUUUUAUACAGGCUGAAAUCUUAUUCUCAAAAUUAUUAGUAUACAAUUUUCCAUUCAAUUAUAAGCUGUGAUUUUUGUGUUGAUACCUGUCGAUAGAAUAUGAUUAUACAGUAUUCACUAUAGUAGAUUCACACUAAAUCUACUUUCAUCCCAUAUAGAUCUCAUUACUGUUGCUGUUUAUUUUAUAUUCUAUUAAUUUUUUUAGAUGCAGUAGUUUUAUGUCUUUCCCUUGGAGUAGAAGGAACAGGUUGUGAAUGAACUGCCACAAUAAACUAUUUCAGAAGAAUUUUAGAAAAGGUCAAGUGACAUGUUGUAUGUACCAAUAAUUUGUAAAAUGUGAAGAACUAUUCAAAUGUAAGACUAUAACAGUAUUGCACUCCAGGGGGCCAUUUCUUCCUGUUUCCGUAGAACUGACUAGAGCUUUCACAUAAUGACAAAUAGAGCAGUCUGUUCCAUAAAUAACAAUAUUUUCCUCUGAAUGUACGGGGUAUUAUUAACUUCUGAUAUAAUCUGAACUAUAUAAAAGCUGUGCCAAUAUAAGUACAUUUGCCAAUGCAGCAUAAGAUGGAGAAAUGCUGGAAAUUACACCAAAGUACAUAAAUUAGUUAAUAGGUCUGAUAGAUGAAAAAUAUUUUAUCUUGAUAAUGGUCUCACCACAAAAUUAUUGCUUUGAAUUUUUUCUGACUAUAUGAUCUUUACUUUCUAAUUAAGUCUGAAGUUACAGAUGUUUGAUUCAGUGUGCAAGAUGAUUAAGAGAUUGUUUAUAACUGAAAAUUGAGGCUAUUUUCAUGGGGAUUUGUGUGUACGUUUGUGUUUGUACAACACUUAUAUUAGGCUUUAGAUGAGACCAGUAAUUUUCAAAUGUGGUCACAGACCCUUAGAGUUCCUGACAGCCUUCUAGGGAAUCGGAGCAAUCAAAAUAUUUUCAUCCUAUCUGAAGACAUUAUUUAUUUCUUUAUUCUAAGUCUCUCAAAACAUAAUUGAAAAAUGGAAAAAAUAGUCUUCCCACACAUAUUUUU